GCAGCUGAACCGGACGCGCUCUGAUUGGUCAGCGGCAGCGCUGGGCGCAGCACAGGAGGAAGCGCCGUUUCCGGCUGCAAGCGAGUGACUGACUGACGACCGCUGACACAGCCGAACCCCGACGAGAAAUCCGCUGCUUUUGGAAUAUACCGGGUGAUCUUCUCCGCUGUUAUCAGGCGGGGACGUCAGACGGGUUCCUGGCCAAGCGUUCGCCGUGAGAUUGCAGCGAAGGCUCGGGGGUUUGAGGCACAGACAACCGGCAUGGCCCGGGACUACGAUCACCUCUUCAAACUGCUGAUCAUCGGUGACAGCGGUGUUGGGAAGAGCAGUCUCCUUCUGCGAUUUGCAGACAACACUUUUUCAGGUAGUUACAUCACCACUAUAGGAGUGGACUUUAAGAUCCGAACGGUGGAGAUUAAUGGAGAAAAGGUGAAGCUGCAGAUAUGGGACACGGCAGGACAGGAGCGAUUCAGGACCAUUACAUCUACGUAUUACAGAGGGACUCACGGGGUGAUAGUGGUGUAUGAUGUCACCAGCGCCGAAUCUUUCGUCAACGUCAAACGAUGGCUGCAUGAAAUCAACCAGAACUGCGAUGAUGUGUGUCGAAUAUUAGUGGGCAAUAAAAACGAUGACCCCAACUCUAAAGUCGUGGAGACGAAUGACGCGCAGAAGUUCGCCGAGCAGAUGGGCAUCAGUUUGUUCGAGACGAGCGCAAAAGAAAACAUCAAUGUGGAAGAGAUGUUUAACUGCAUCACAGAACUUGUGCUCCGGGCAAAGAAAGAAUCUGUGGCCAAACAGCAACAACAGCAGCAAAACGAUGUGAUUAAACUCAACAAGAACAGCAAACGAAAGAAGAAAUGCUGCUAGUGGAUCUCCAUCAGGUCCUCUGCCAGCGGCCUUCACAUGCAAACGUACUGUGAUCGUCUCAAAUAAGACCACGGCGUGGACAGAGCGGAGAAGCAGUCUUUUUCGGACCCAUACAAACCACGAAGACUUUUUAAACAGAAAAUGUACAGAUUUUAUUAGAUUAAUGGAGUUUUAUGUGAUAUUUAAUAAAAGAUCCUCCUUCAUUCCUGAAGGACAAACGAGCUGACAUCGCCAAACCGUGCAGGUCUGUGCUUUCACAGUAAUUUUACUGCGGUAUAUUUCAUCUCUUUACGCACCAUCUCAGGAGUGAAUUUUUCAUUUUUGCUUUUCCGUGGAAUGUCCGUGUAGAUUUUUAUCGUCAUACAGUUACGAACAUUCACUCACACAGGACUCUUGAGUGAAACGCACGCCAACGACUGUACGAUUUCUCAUCCCUCAGUGUAUUUUCAGACCGAAUCCGUCUGAAUUUAUCAGGCACAAGUUAACAUUUGUGUUUGGAUCGGUUUAGUAUUCAGCCUGUUCCUUCUUUUCAUCGGAUUGGUAUCAUGAAACUGUCAACAUGUCUGGGUCACAUUUCACCCCAAAAUCGAAAGAAAUAAGCCCUGGCUUUGUUUUCUUUAUGCAAAAUAUCAUGUCUUAUGUUUUUCUUUUGCUUUCGGGGUGAAAUCGGAGCUGGUUUAAGUGAGGUGGAUGAACGACUUCAGGACAUUCACAAAUGUUUCAGGCUUUGAUUUUUUGUAAAGAUGAAAUGGAAGUGAAGGUUUUCUCGCCGUGAGCUUCAGUAUCACUGUGGGUUUCUGAUGGACACAGAUUUUAAGAGCAUUAUUUUAUCAUGCGAUUUGAUGUUUGUCUGUCCUUAGGGACAGUCAAAAAUCAAAGCUUAAAAAUAACUAUUAUGCUUGUACACAUUUGGAAUGGAUGAAAUUGUUAAUAUCACAUAUAAAAUGUUUUUAAAUAUGUAAGGGAGGUAUUAUGUUAAAGUGUUCGAGCCGAACUCAUCCAUAAAGUUUUGAUUUCUUAACUGAAUAGAUCAAAUUUUCACCGUAUAUUUGACAAACACACCUUUGAAGAGACACUUGGUGUCUAUGUAACUUUUUCAGAUUGAUUAAUAUCUGAAAAAAGGCCAGUUCUGUGGCCCGGUAUAAAUGUGUAAUUCAACAAAGCCACAACGAGCCAAAACCACAAGUCCCGGUUGUGCCAUGAGCCAAAUUCAUUCAGGUGAUGUGACUUGUGUUUAUCAUAUACGUGCAUAUGUUUACGUGCGUAUGUUUAGCACAGGUUCUUGCAAAUUGCAUUUUUUUCAGCUGUGGUUAUAUUGUACACUGGAGAAAAGAAUUGUAUAAUGGGCCAUUUAUGAAUAAAAUCAUUAAUAAAUAUUUUAAAAUAAUAUUUGACACAAA